GCCAGAAGUCGUGUCGUAGAAACAAAAAGAUGUCUCUUCCUUUCAAUCCUUCCACGGCUGUCCUACACAUUCGAAAGGUGAAAAUACUUGGAGUAAUUUUGCUUCUGUUGGUAACGGUUUAUUUGAUAACUUUAUUGCUGACGAAUGAGUGGAACCCAGGUGAAGUAUGGCUUGUACAUGUUAAAAUACAUGUAUUUGUUUAAUAACUAAAUCUGAGAAAAGGCUCCUUCAGCGUAAAGCAACCUCUUCACAUAAGAAAUAGUUCAUAAAAAUAAUAAAAAUGACUCUAAUUAUUGGUAAGUGCUGAUGAUGAGCAGUCUAAAAGUAAAAAGUGAGUAAAGCAUAUUUUUCGUCACAUUGAAUAUACAGAAAAGAAUACUUAGAACCAGGGGCAACCAACGACGGUUUUCUCCUAAACAAGUGCAUUGAAAACACUUUUUAGACUAUCCAGAGUACUUUUAGAUCUCUACAAAUGCAUUCUAAGCGGCGCUAUAAAAUUCGGUGAAUUUGUUCGGUGAUCUUUUCCAAACUACAAGGUCUUCAGUAUUAUUUUCCCGAAAAUUUUAGAUGAAAUUUGUAGUUUUACGAAAGCGAGCAUUUUCUGAUUCCUCUCCCCAUCGCCAAGCUCUAGAAAAUUCUAGGCAAUUUUUGCUUCUUCGAACAGAUAUUUUACAGAAAACAAUCGUUGGGUGCCUCCUAUAGAGCCAUGUAUUUCAAUCAUCAUGAUAAGGGAAAAACAACAGAAAACUUUGGUCUAUAUUUUCCGUGUGUGUUUUUAAGGGAUUUCAGAAACCCUUCCAACGCAAAAAAAAAAUCCUACUUGCAUUUGAAAAUGAACAAAUAGCUUCAGAAGAGGAUAUCAAUUAAAAGGCUUUCGAUAUUCUUCUCCGUAUUGUAAUGACUCUCCAUCACUGGGGAACACGGCUAAUCGUUUUCAUAUCUGUCAUGUUCAACACGAGUUCGUGAAAAAUUGGUAAUGUACACAAAAUAAAUUUAGAACAAAAAAGUCUCAAGUUAACACAUUUAUUAGACAACUGAUUGCAUGGACGGAUUUUAUUUUAUUUUUUUUCCGGUAAUCUUUUAUCACACUUGACGUGCAAUUCACCUUAGUCAAGACAACCAAACCUGCCGUAGGAUAUGCUGAAAAACAAGACAAGGUAAGUUGGGGUUUCAAAGGCAACAUGGUGAGUUAUUUACAGAAUUAUAUAAUAUCAUUACGGUGAGCUAUAAUUAGUCAUUGGUUAGCUACCAAAUCAUGAAAUUUUAAUAUUUGACAUUCAGAAUAUAUUGACAUUUCGAAAUUUUACGUACAGAAUAUUGAAAUUUUAAGUUUUGACAUUCUAAAAAAAAAUUCAAGAUUCUCCAUUACAAAUCUUGAAAUGUCUCAAGAUUUUGAAUACCAAUUAGUGCUUUAAAUACAACAUUGACAUAAAGUGUAUUUUUUUACCCACACAGGCUGAACAGGGCAUGAAACAAGCAAACUAAGUCGGAUCAUUUUACGUUUCUGGGAAACUUUCCACCUAUCCCUCCCCUAAACCAAUAUUUUGCCUUAAGUGAGAAGUAAGUGUUAAUGUUGGCUUAGGGGAGGGGUAGGUGGGCAGUUUCCCAGAAACGUAAAAUGAUCCACAAAGUCUUCUACCUACAACUCCAGCCGGUCCGUACUACCUUUACCAUGGCUUAAUUCUUUAGUAUAGCUAAGACUUUGUCCACACGAAUCCAUUUAAAAGACAUUAAACGAUCUCGUUAACAAAACGAUUGUUAGAGAGGAUAAAAUCGUGACAGAUAAAUAUUUGCCUGCGUAGCAAGCGUUUCCGUUACGGAAUUUUCGGUUUUGGCCGCGCGAAACCGCACAGAAACGCCUUUGCUAUGCAGGCUAGAUAAACAUUCUCAUAUACUAUUAACACCUGUAAUAAUACGACGUGAUUUAACCUACCUUGAGUUCUUUUUCGGCAAUGCCUGCAGUUUUAUCUACUUCGGGCAAGGUCCUGACCACUUCAACAUCUAUGGAGGAAGUAAAUACCUCUUAUUAGCCGAGUUUUCGGUCCGCACUGUAAAUUACGGAUCCUCGUUAUUUACCAUUUUUUGGCCCAGGCGCAAUAAAUCGAUGGAAAAAACGAGGCGCAGUACGGGACCGAAAAACGAGGCUAAUAAGAUGUUUAUUAUAUGGCUUCUUCCUGUUUGGGGACCGUAAACAAGUGCAGGACGCACGAUUUGACAGUCAUUUGACAGGUGUCAAAAAGAAAGUUUUUAUUGGCGCACGAAAACAAUAUCACAUAACAAAGGCUUUCCGAGAAAGUAAAAACAAAUUCACCAUGUUAAAAAGUUUAUUCGGUCAAAACUAAGAGCACUGUAAGUUUUAGCUCCUUAGUGUAACGCUGGAGUAUUUUGAAAACCGCACACUGUGUCUGUCUAGAAGUCGUUUCCAUCUUUCCACCGUUUGUCCUUGUGAAAAAACACUGCAAAAGGCAAAGAAGCUUUUCAAGGUAAGUUUGUUGUCAUUGUCGAAGGAUUCGCUCGUUAAUUGUUUUUGUCUUUCUGCCAGUUCAUUCUCGUCUUCAAUGGUGAUCUGCGUUAAAAUUUUCAAACACUGACUAGAAUUCUCUUCCUCGGUAAGGUUACGAUUCAGUUUCUACAACAGCUUCCUUCUCAUUAAAACAAAGCUAGGGUAAAAUUUGGAAAGGCAAAGUCAACAUCUCAGUCCUCAGGGUUUACAUACAUAUUUCAAAGUUUAUUCGGUGGAAACUACGAGCACUGUGAGUAUUCACUCGUUAAUGACGCUGGAGUCUUUUGAAAACUGGACAUUAUUGUGUCUGGCUCGAACUCGCUUCUAUCUUUCUUUCGUUGGCCUUUGAAAAAGCACUGCAAAUGGCAAAGAAGCUUGUCAAGAUGAUCGGGUGCAGGUAUGUUUCUUAUCAUAUUUGUUGAAGGGAUUACUCAUUUUCUCCAUGGCAAAACGUCUCGAAUCUCUGCCAGUCGAUUUUCGUAUUCUUAACUGUGUACCACGAUAAAAUUUUCAAACGCUGACUAGAAUCCUCUUCGAUAAGAUUACGAGUUAGUUUCUUCAUCGCCUUCGUUCACAAAUAAACACAGUUUAAAAUGUUGAAGGCCAAAGUCAACAUCCAAGUCCUCAAGGUUGACAGGCGUCUUAUAACUUUAUUUAAACAUUUUUUCCGCGGUAAAGAGAUUUUGACCUCCAAAAUGAGCAUUUUUUUUUAACGUUUUGGUCCGUAUAGCAAGUUACGGACCGCAAAUUGACCAAUAGCAUGGCGAAAACAGACUCAACCAUAUAAUAAAGUCAGUUACAGGGACAACAAAGAUGAAAAAUAAAGAUUAUUAUCGAGUUAAAAUAAAGCCUCAUUUUAAUUGCAUUUUUUCACCAAUAGUGCGGACAAUGAAAUCGGCCAGCGGACGUCAAAUUUGCACAAAUCCUUGGCCUGCCGCACCCUUGGCGUUUUCUUGACAAGAGUCCUUGUUGAGUCAUCACCGCUGGCAAAUAUCAAUUCUGACAAGAGGACCGAGUACCGAGGACGACUGGGAACAGGCCUGCGAAAAUUCCGUAACGGACACGCUUGCUACGCAGGCUAAUAUUUAUCUGUCACGAUUUUAUCCUCUCUAACGAUCGUUUUGUUUGCGAGAUCGUUUAAUGUGUUUUGAAUGGACUCGUGUCGAAUUGGUCUCAACUAUACUAAAGAAUCGAUCAAAUGUCUGUACGAUCGAUCAGUUGUCCGUAAUCAACCAUGAUAAGCUGUCUCAAUUGAUCAGUUUUGCUAAUAAUCGAUCAGUUCAUUGUUGAUCAGCGUAAACUCGGCUUGUAUAAUCUACCAUUAGCUACCAUUGUGCGUAUUUUCAUUCAGUUGUCACUAAAAUCGAUCAGUAGUCAUUAUGAUCAACGAAUUGUGCGUAUUUUCAUUCACUUUUGACUAAAAUCGAUCAGUUGUUAUAUGAUCGAUCACUAGUGCGUAUUUUCAUCCAGUUGUGACUAAAAUCGACCAGUAGUCAUUAUGAUCAAUGAGUUGUGACUAAAAUCGACCAGUUUUUAUAUGAUCGACCAUUAGUACGUAUUUUCAUUCCGUUUUGACUAAAAUCGAUCAGUUGUUAUAUAUAUGACAAAUGAGUUGUGCGUAUUUUCAUUCAGUUGUUACUAAAAUCGAUCAGUUCUUAUACGAUCGAUCAGUAGUGCGUGUUUUCAUUCAGUUGUGUCUAAAAUUAACGGGAAAGGCAGGGUAAAAUUUUUAGUAGUGUCGACUGAUCUAUCGGUCGAUAUAGCGAUCGAUAGUCGGUCGACACUCGGUCGACACUCAGUCGAAAGUCGGUCGACACUCGGUCGAUAUAGCGGUAGAUAGUCGGUCGAUAGUCGGUCGACACUCAGUCGAUAUAGCGGUCGAUAGUUGGUCGAUAGUCGGUCGAGACUAGGACGAUAGUCGGACGACACUCGGUCGAGACACGGUCGAUAGUCGUUCCAGAUAUGUCUCGGCCGAUAUGGCUUUUCGUUCAUCGAUACUUCACCGACACUUCACCGAUGUAUCGGUCAGUAAUUGGUCAACGCUCGGUCGAUGGUCGGCCGACACUUGGUCGAUAGUCAGAAGAUAGCAAGAAUACCUUAAAGAAUUCAUGUGGAGACGAUGGCAUGGUGAGCCUCACCCCAAUGGCUGUUUUGGUCGACUGAUGCAGGACAUUGCAGAACAGUAUCCACUGUAAAUAGAAAUCAAUGACCUUCGUUAGCUAGCAUUUCUUACAUUUUUUUGGUUGGAAAACAAGAAAUUAGAAAACAUUUCCUAGCUUGAGUAUUGGUGUUAACGCGGCGCAUACUGUUUUCCUUUUAUUGGAUAAUCAAAGGUUACUUACCAUUCAAUAUUAAUUUCUGUUACGCAUGGCCGUCUUUAUUUUGAACACAAUAUAUAUAAAGCGAGAGGACAGAGCAAAAGGACAGGAUAAUGUAAUGAGAACGUAUGAGUAUUUUCCUAGCUGUAAAUUGAAAUCAUUCCCACAAUAAAUGAAUGUGUUCAGUCUGCUGGAUAUUGUGUCACCUUCCUCGGCGCAUUAUCAGCGUGUUCUAUCAAUAGCUGAUCGUUAAACAAAGGACUGUUCCCGUCUUCAAUGCAGAAAUAUAUAAGUUUAAUUUGUGGUCUCCGCACAAGCGAGAACUCGGCGUGAUGAAACAGGUCAAAGCCCAAUAAUAAAAGAUGUGCAUUCCUCGCUCUUAAAGCAUGUCAUGAACUGCCCUUCCUAUUCAUUAUCCGUCCAAUUCGGGACUGCGGGAGCAGUCGUUUCUCUCUUCCAUCUUUAAGUAUUCUUCGACUGCGGGACCACAGAAGCAGCAGAUUCAACUUAGACUCUGACAGGUUCUGUUUAACAGCCAAAAAUCAGACGAUCGGUGAUGAUACAAACUGGCAAAAAAAAGGUAACCAUGUCCCUAGUUUCCAGUGCCCUUCGGUUCGCUUCAUAGAGUAAUUGCGCCUCGCACUGCCACAUGUUCCUCCAUCUCAUGAUAACAGUAAUUAACGAUGUCAUUGCUUAAAAAAGAAAGCCAUUGGACUCACCUGCUAAAUUAACACACGACUGAUAUUCGACCGACAGUUGACCGAUAUGUCACCGACAUAUGACCGAUAGUCGGUCGAGGUGCGUCGUCGAAAUAUCGACCGAUACUCGGCCGAUAGUCUAUCCCACGAUCGACUGACUAUCGACCGACUGUCCACUGACUAUCGAUCGACUAUCGACCGCCGACCAUCGAACGCUAUAUCGACCGAUAAAUCGGUCGACACUACCUACAGUAAACAACAUCUAAUUUUUAAAGAAAGAAAACAGGGACUAAUUUAUUUAAAGUUGAUCGAAAUCCAGGAAGCAGAUAUUGAGAGUAAUAUUCUUCUCACAGUACCCUGCUAGCAAUGGUUUCUCCAGGCCGGACGCUGGAGAAAUCACUGCUCGCAGCGACCAUGAAGAUGAAAUGUUGUUACAGUAAUGAAAUUGUGAAAGAUUGAUCGGAAAUUUUAAAAGUGCGCGAAACUAAAGCUAUUCAGUUUUCUAGUUUUCUUCUAAGAAUGUCUGGAGUAUGUCGAGAAUUCUGGGCUAAAAUGAUAGAAGGUAAAAUAUACACAAUUGACCGAUUUUAGUCACAACUGAAUGAAAAUACGCACAACUGGUAGACUGUACAAGCCGAGUUUACGCUGAUCAAUAGUAUAGUACCCGAUAACUGUUAGAUAAUAAACUGAUUGAUUAUUAGCAAAACUGAUCGAAAUUUGAGACAGCUUACCAUGGUUGAUUACGGAUCAUAUACAUCGAUUUAAACACGACGGAUUACCGAUUGAUGAUAUGCCGGCUGAUCGAUAUUACGUAUCUGGUAGAAAAUUAGCACAAUAUAGUAAUAUUUUAAUUGAUCGAUAACUGGUCGGUAAACCCGAUCCGCAAAACUGAUUGAUUGGAGUUCAAAGUAAACUAUUAAGAGAUUGUUCUUAAUAAUGACGACGAAAAAGCAAUAAUGAAAGGAUCAUGAGUCCUUCUUUCUGAUUUUCAGCGCUUAUAUCCAUGAUUCAGAACAGAAAAAGAUUAAAAAUUUAUAACCAAUGAAAAAAUAAUUUCGAGACAAACGGCGCGCCAUACAUUUUUUUUUACCCCUCCCUAAGCCAACAUUAACACUUAGUUCUCACUUAGGGCAAAAUGCUGGCUUAGGGGAGGGGUAGGUGGGCAGUUUCAAUCCGGCUUUGUUUGUUUGUUUCAUGCCCUGUUCAGCCUGUUUGUGUAAAAAAUGCACUUUAUUUGAGUGUCAAUGUUGUAUUUAAAGUACUAAUUAGGGACACUACUUGACCACCAGUUUACACGGUUUAAGCGCCCCUACUGACUAAGCUAAUCCUGAUUGUCCUGAUUUCUAAUCGCACCUUCUGGCUAAAGCUCUCACGUUUGUAAAUCCACUUUUCAGAUAGAGAAGGAUGAUCACCUUUUGGAGCGGAUUGAACAGAGACAAACUGUGCGACAGCAGCGACUUAGAGACUACUGUGAGAAGCACGCUUCAAGCAGAAAUCGAAGCGAUCAAUACAAUCAUCCUGUAAUUGUUAACGAUGAGUACAAAGUAAUCUUCUGCUAUAUUCCCAAGGUGGCUUGCAGUCAAUGGAAACGUGUCUUUCUUGCUCUUGAUAACCGCACCGAUGUGGAUGAUGUGCAUGAUGACAAACAUUAUAAAUUUCUCUUAUAUGAUUAUUCGGACGAGGAUAUUAAAGUGAGGCUAAAAUCUUACUUUAAGUUUCUAUUUGUUCGCGAACCACUCGAGAGGCUUUUGUCAGCCUACAAUAACAAGUUUGUAAACAACAAAUGGCCUUGGAGAAUAAUUCAAAGUUAUAAAACGAAAAUUUUGGAAAGAUACAAACAAGAUGAACUUAGCUCCAAUAGUUCUGACCAGGAUCUUACUUUUAAGAAGUUCAUUUAUUAUGUGAGUGAUGUUGGGUUUGAUACAAAUGCACACUGGCGAUCGUACGGCCCAAUUUGUCACCCGUGUGAUAUAAAGUACGAUUUCAUCGGUCAUUUUGAGGACAUGCCAGAAGAAGCACCUUAUAUCCUACGGCAAACAGGAAUGGAUCGAGCGGUGACCUUUCCUCCGUUUCUUACCCACAAUACUACAAGUCAACUUCUUAAAAGCUAUGCCCCGAUACCCAAGGAGAAGAUCGCUCAGCUGGGUAAGGCCUUUGAAGAAGACUUUAAAAUAUUUAAUUACGGUUUCCCAGGGCCUCUAUCUGAUCUCAUGCACGAUUGA